AUGGACAAAUCCACAAGGUUUAAUACCAUAGCAAAAUAUUUAAAGGAUAAUUCUGUGCCACAAUAUAGACUUUCUCAAAUUUUUAAUUCUAUAUAUCGCAAUAAAACACCUAAUUUUUUGUCCAUGUACCAUUUGCCUAAGAUACUAAGGAGUGGAUUACAUGACAAUUUCGAAGGGUCACUAUUAUCACUUAAUCCAGUAUCUGAAUCUAAUUCCGAUAGAGCUAAAAAGGUCCUGUUUCAGAAUAGUGAUGGUAGUAGGAUAGAAGCUGUUUUAUUACAUUUUAAUACACACAAAUCGCUAUGCAUAUCAGCACAAGUUGGAUGUAGUUAUGCAUGUUCUUUCUGUGCAACAGGUAAAAUAGGCCUCAAAAGGAACUUGACAGUGGAUGAGAUAACAGACCAAGUUUUAUAUUUUCAACAACUUGGACAUAAAAUAGAUAGCAUAUCAUUCAUGGGGAUGGGUGAACCACUAUCAAAUCCGAAUGUUUUUAAAUCAAUCAAUAUUUUAACUGAUAAGAGAUAUUUUGCAUUAUCACCAAGAAGGAUUAACGUGUCAACAGUAGGGAUUUUACCAGGAAUUAAAAAACUAAACAAGGAAUACCCUUAUGUUAACCUAGCUUAUUCUUUGCACUCACCUUUCACAGAAGAGAGAAAUGAAAUGGUUCCUGUAAAUUUACUAUAUCCAUUUCAAGAGGCUUAUCCACUAAUGGAUGAAAGAAUUAGGCAAACGGGAAGACGAAUAUGGAUAUCUUACAUCUUAAUUAAAGAUAAAAAUGAUACAAAAGAACACGUUGAAGAACUGAUAAACAUUAUAAAGGGAAGACCCAAAGAAGUACAAUAUCUUUAUCAUGUAAAUCUUAUCCCAUACAAUAUCGGUAUGCCACAAAUACUAGUCUUAACUCAUCAAACUACAUUUCUAUGUUUAGUCAAGUCAAUCGACAAGUAUGAAUCUACUGAACAUGACCAGUCAUUAAAAUUCGAGAAAUACCUCAGGAAGAACGGAAUAUCAUGCUCAUAUAGAAAUUACUUCGGAAGGAAUAUAGACGCAGCUUGUGGACAGCUAUUUGCAGGUAAAUAUAUCAAAAAACAUUUUUCAAUUAAUUAUUUUACCUCAGAGUACGAUCCCAUCGACCCAAGCAAACUCUUUCGGCCCAAAGUUAAUCGUACACACCAACAAACAAAAACCAAUAAAUCAUAA